AUGUAUCCUGCUACGCCAUCUCCUCCGGUUCUUUUACCGAGAAGUGCCCAGCUCCACACAUUCGGAGCUCCCCGUUGUGAUCUAGAAGUGUCCCUUAACUUUCCGGUGCCUACUAGUUCAGCCGCCAUUCAGGCGUCGGCAGAAAGUGCUCAGGUUAGUGUCUGUGCCGUGGCGGAUCUUUCCGCGGAUUCCGUGUCCAAGGCUUACCCGGUGGAAGAAAUUUGUUCGAAGACUGCCCUGCCCGGAGGGCGGAAGCUCUCGAUCCGGAAGUCCAGUUCGACCGGACUUCUGACGCCUAACGAAGCCGAUAGUGUGAUGAAAAGUUGUAGCUGGAUCCGGUCCAUCAAGCUGGCCAGUGAUGUGAGAAGCUACAAUACGGUUCUGGAACUGACUGCCGGGCAGCUGAUCCAGGUCCGGCUGGUUCGGGAUGUUGCGGCGAAUGAAGAGCUGCAGCUGUGGUUUUCCGAAGAAGUUGGGGCGCACAUGCAGAUUCCGUUCUUGACGCCUGGAAAUAUACAACGUCAAAACUGCUACGUCUGUCACAUCUGCCGGAAGUCCUACGAGUAUCCAAACCCUCUGAAAAUCCACCUGGCAACGAGUUGCGGCCAACAGUCAACGGCAAUCCUGUGGCAACGAUUACGCCAAAGCAUUUCCCGGUUCAGCAACUAUUCGGACACCGAUUGCGACUUCCAGCCAUGGCGAAGCUCGGCCUUCCGUCCGGUUCUGACUAAUCACCCGAUCAAAUUGGAACAUUCCCCACCGUUAGCGCAUCCGAUUCCGUCAGCGCCACUGAGAAAAUCGCCUUUGAGGAAUCCAACUACACCUCCUCACCAAGGGCAUCAUCUCGGGCACAUGUCACACCACCACCUGCAUCAUCACCACCACCAUAUGCCCCUGGUGGAUGAAAGUACCAUGGUAACGGCCGCGCACCUUGAAACCAUCGUCAGCAACAUGGGCUCGUCGAAGCAGGGUCACAUCUGCAUCUACUGCGGCAAGCUGUACUCCCGGAAGUACGGGUUAAAAAUCCACAUCCGAACUCACACCGGGUUCAAACCACUCAAGUGCCAGUACUGCCUCAGGCCAUUCGGGGAUCCCAGCAACCUGAACAAGCACAUCCGGCUGCAUCGACAGCAUGACAGUUCCCUGUACGAGUGUAACUUGUGCGGCAAGAAGCUGGCCAGGAGGAGGGAUCUGCAGCGACAUCUGCAGUCCCGGCACAACAGCAAUCAGCUCAUUGAAUCUUCGACUUCUGAGGAGGAUGACGAGGAGGUGGUGUGA